AUGUCGAUCAAUAAAUUAGGAAAGCAAGAACAUUUAGAGUCAGAACUUAUGGAGAUUAAAAAACAAAAGGAAGAAUUAGAAGUAAAACUAACUGAGUCUGAAACUGAUAUCCAAGAAUUACAAAAUAAAGACUUCCAAAAAAGCCAAGACUUAGAAAACCAACAAGAAGCAAUUAAACAAUUACAAUCAAAAAUUACUCUUUUAGAAUCGCAAAAAAACUCUUACCAAGAAAAGUUUAAUAACUCUCUUCAAUUUAUUAAGGAGGUUCGGAAAAGUUUAGCCCAAGGCAAAUCAGGAGCCAAAUGGGCUGCCAGAGGUGUCGGAACAGUUAAAGAUUACUUUGCCGGAGGAGGUGAUGGUUUGGGUGAUUUUGCUCUUAAUGUUGAUAAUCAAAUAAAAGACGGCUUGAAUAAAUGUAAAGAAGACAUUGAAGCCCAAGGCAAAGCCCUUCGUGGUGAAAUGCAAGGCAUUAAAUCCGAACUAGAAGGAGCCUUAAAACAACAAGGAGAAAAAUUUGACGAAGAAAUAAGAAAACAAGAUGCCAAAAUUGCUGCCUUAUCCGGAGAACAAAAAAGACAAGCCGAAGAGACUAAAAGAGCCUUACAAAAACAAAAGCAACAGUUAGAACAAGCCAUUAAUGAAGUGGAAGAAAAACUGAUGCAAGCCCACAAUAAGUUGGAAAAGGAAUUGGAUGAGUUUAAAAAUCAAGUCAACGAAAGAUUUGAAGAAUGUGAGAAAAAAAUCUUAGAAAAUAAACGCCGUAUUGAGGAAGAAAGAAUUAAACGAGAAGAAGAAAUUAGAGAAGUUAAGGACAAGAUAAAAUUCACUAACACCAACUUAGAAAAUCUUCGUAAAGAAAAAGAAGAACUAGCCGACGAACAAUUAAGAUUUAAAAACCAAAUUGACCAAAAAACAGUUCAAACUCAACAAUCCUUUGAAGACUUGGAAGCAGAAUAUCAAUGCAAGACCAAAAUACUGGAAGCCCAAAUCGAAGAUAAUCAAGAAACUAUUGAGGAAUUUAAUGAGCAAUUAAAUAAUUUUCAACGAGAGCAAGCCUUCCAAAGAGAACAACAGGAAGAACUUUGA